CCUCAGUGUUGGAGUGCUCACAUAAUAUCUAGCAGUUUCCCUCCCCUGUUAUUUGUCAACCUGUUCGUCAGACAUAAGUACAAAAACAGUUUUUUUGGUCAGAAACCCAUAAUUGAAGUUAACUAUGAACACCCAUCAUCUGUCUCUUCAGAAAAAAGUUUGAAUCUGAGACAUGGAAAAUGAAGGGGAGACUGUAUUCAAGAAUGGUGAAGGAACAAACAACACUCUUCAUCCUCCACUUCAAGGGUUUGGGGAUUCAACCGAGAUAACCGAGGAGACACCAGUCGGUCAGCACCAACAUCGGCACAACCUUGUCAUAGAGAUACCACCACCAAGUCCCCAGGACGUGAGGGAGGAGUUCGUGAGAACAGACAUGGCCUUAACACCGGAAGCUACUCCUAAAAGAGUAAACUUUUCACCCAUGCCUAGUCCUACUUUUUCCAGAUUCGAUGAGUCCCCGCUGCGCUCAUCGCCAAAAAGUAAAUCAUCCUUGAAAAGUUUCCUUCCCAAGUUGAGUUUCAAAUACCGCAACACUAAUUUGGAGAUUGAGAAGGCUGUCAGCUUAGCACUGGGAGGCUCAUCAGCAGAUAUACAAGAAAAGCCUCGCAUCCCGAAGACAUUUUCCCUCUCAAAACUUUUCAUACCGAAGGCUGAAAAUACAUCAUCGUUUCCUGGUACUCCAACAACACAUUCAAAUCCAGAGUCCAUGCACGGCGGUCAGAAAGGCGGAGCUGCUGGACCACCCAUCCAUCGUUCACAUUCAGUGCCUGUCCUCAUCAAGGAUGGAAGCAUAACACAGUUGGAUUCUUUAGGCACCGUAUUUCGUGUAAUUCCUACAACUCCACUAGCAGUCAAGGGAACUGUUGUAACAACAUCAAACAUAAUUACCAAAAGUGAUACUGAUGGAAACGAUGAUGGCGGUGAAGAUAUUCCUGAAGAAGAAGCUGUUUGUCGAAUCUGCUUGAUCGAACUAGGAGAAGGUGCUGAGACCCUCAAGAUGGAAUGUGGCUGCAAAGGAGAACUUGCACUUGCCCACCAAGAAUGUGCUGUAAAAUGGUUUAGCAUCAAAGGUAACAAAACUUGUGACGUGUGCAAGCAAGAGGUCCGAAACCUACCUGUUACUCUUUUACGAGUUCAAAAUGUUCAGGUUCUUAACAUUAGAGGAACCGGGUUAGAUGCUUCUAGAUACAGGGUCUGGCAGGGUGUUCCCAUCCUAGUCAUUGUUAGCAUGCUUGCUUACUUUUGUUUUCUCGAGCAGCUGCUGGUUUCGAAAAUGAAGUCCGGUGCAAUUGCCAUCUCUCUUCCUUUCUCCUGUAUAUUGGGUCUCCUUGCAUCCAUUACAUCAACAACUAUGGUGAGGAGAAAAUACGUCUGGAUUUAUGCUACCUUUCAAUUCGGACUGGUGGUUCUUUCGGCUCAUAUUUUCUACUCAUUGCUCCACGUACAGGCUGUUCUCUCCAUUCUUCUCUCUGCAUUUUUCGGGUUUGGUAGUACCAUGUGUGGAACCUCUGUUAUUUACAAGAUUUCACGUGUGUGGAGAAGGUGGCGGGCCGAGUCAAAUCAACCACUUAGUUCUCAAGAUCAACCACCAGUAACAGUGGUGCAUCAUACACAAACGGAUCAGUCUAAUGAAAUCGAAACGAGAGCUUUAGCAAGUGGGCAUGGCAAUUAAAGUAACACGUCUAUCAUGUGUAUAAAAUGAAAGCUUUCUACAGCAUGCUUGUAUGUUGG